CCUCAUCAUCCUCACCAAAACACAGCGAGAUGACGGGAAAUCAUGAGGAUAUCAUCCCUCUGCUCACCGGUUUGCGGUAGAAUAUCAUUCGGGAGAUGCGUUACACAACAUGAGGCUUUCCUCCUGAUGGAGAGCAGACAUAAUAGCCUGUCUGUGGAGAGGAAAAGAGGAGAGUUAUCCCUAGCAGAGCGAGCUGGGCUCAGCCUCUAGCUUUCAGCUUUCUGUGUUUUUUUUUAUUUCUUUUUUACUAAAAAAUUUCCUGCAACAAAAUGCUCAUCGGUGAGUGUUUUUGGGUGAUUUUUGCUGAUGUGGAAGCAGCUGUGCUCCAGUAAAGAAGAUGCACAGAUAAAAGUGUUGGCUUGACAACAUCAAGGUGCCUCAGACUUUUUGGUUCCAGAAAACAGGGCAGUAUCCUGGAGAUCACCAACCAGCAAACUCUGAGUCCGUCCUGAUGCUAUAAGAGGACGUCUUGAUGGACACGUCCGCACGUCCUCGACUCUACACUGAUGAAUGUUUGUAGGCAGCUUCCACAUGUGCACCAUCACUUGGAUCAAUCAUCAACUGGGAGUUUUUAGCAUUAGUCAUUGGACUAUUUGGCCAACAGACUCAUUGGUGAUCGUUGGACUUAUUGGUCAUUGUUGGACUAAUUGGUCUUCUUUGGACUAAUUGGUUGUCUUUGAAUGAACUGGACUGGCUUUUAACUUUGGGAUGCCACAAGGCUGCAGCAGCAACUUGACACUUGGAUAGUGACUAACCAAAUUUGACCAGAAAUCGAGGCCUUACGUCUUAGAUUACACUUAAGUAUGUUAGUGAAUGAGUUCCUGAUUCAUCUCACUCAGGGAUUGAGGCUGAUUACAAUUUUUUAGUACAUUUGUCAUGCAGGAAAUCUGGGAACGCACCAGAAACAAGCUGGCAACUUCAGGUGUAUGUAAGUGUGUGGCCUCCCUCUCCUCAUCAAUGACCCCAUGACCCCUGCAGAAGUCAGAUAGUUGGGUAUCCGCUAACCGCAUGUCCUUACCAGUGAUCUAAUAGCUGCUGUCAGGAUGAGCGCAUGUCUGUAGCCACGCAGCGCCAGCGUUGUCGAGGCUGGCGGACAUCUUCCUCGGCCAUGACCCGGCUGAUGUUGGGCCGGACUCUGGAGCGCAUCUGUAAAGGCGUCCUACUGCUCUGCCUGCUCCACUUCCUCAUCAUGAUGAUCCUGUACUUCGACGUCUACUCGCAGCGCUUCGACCUCUUCAGCCGCUUCAACAACGGCCGCAACGGAUCCAGGAAUAAUGUGAGCGGAGCAGCAGGGAGCGGACACCAUUAUUACUAUUACAACCUUUCUAGGCCCAACGCGACGUUAGCCAGCUACCUGGCCACAGGGGAGCAGCUGGUGCCGAGCGUGCAGCCGGAGACCAACCAGACGCCUUCGCCUAAGCCGCUGCCGCCGUGCCCUGAGAUACCACCCGGCCUCGUGGGCCGUUUGUUGAUCGAGUUCAGCUCCCAGAUGACGAUGGAACGAGUGCAGAAAGAAAACCCCAACGUGACGGAGGGAGGCCGCUACACGCCUCCUGACUGUCGGCCAAGAUGGAAGGUGGCGAUCAUCAUCCCGUUCCGCCACAGAGAAAACCACCUGAAGUACUGGCUGCACUACCUCCACCCCAUCCUCCGACGGCAGAGGAUCGACUACGGCAUCUACAUCAUCAACCAGUUGGGAGAGGACACCUUCAACCGUGCCAAGUUGUUGAAUGUUGGCUACACAGAGGCUCUGAAGGACGCAGAGUACGACUGCUUCAUCUUUAGUGACGUGGACCUGAUCCCCAUGGACGACCGCAACCUCUACCACUGCUACGACCAGCCCCGGCACUUCGCCAUCGCCAUGGACAAGUUCGGCUUCAGGCUGCCCUACGCUGGCUACUUCGGAGGAGUUUCAGGUCUCAGUAAAAAACAGUUCCUGAAGAUCAACGGCUUCCCCAACGAGUACUGGGGCUGGGGAGGGGAGGACGACGACAUCUACAACAGGAUCACUCUGAAUGGGAUGAAGGUGUCCAGGCCAGACGUUCGCAUCGGCCGCUACAGAAUGAUUAAACACGAGAGAGACAAACACAACGAGCCCAACCCACAGAGAUUCAAUAAGAUCCAGAACACGAAGAACACGAUGAAGAAGGACGGCAUCAGCUCUCUGACCUACAGACUGGUCCAGGUCAAGAGGUAUCCUCUCUACACAAACAUCUCCGUGGAGAUCGGAAAACCACCUCCCCGGCCUAUUAAGGGCUAACGAGAGACGGGAGACGAGGGGCUCAUUGACUAGAGGGACGAAGACAAGAAGAAGAGCGCUUACAAGUAGGAAAUAAAGAGAAAACGUACCCGAGACAUCUGGACAGAUGCAGAUCUGGACUGGAGGGAAAAGUCACAAGCACACCCUGGUCACUUUCUUCCUCUUUCCCCCCUCUCUGUUUGUUUUGUUCUUUUGGAUUUCAGCUUCAGGACUCAGGCUCUUAAACUUUUCCAAGCAGCCAAGUGGCUUCACACCUCCUACCUUUUACCAAUCAGUGACUUCAGAGUUUAAAGAGAAUGGACCAAAGCUGGAGUAUCAGUGGCCGACCCGAGGUUGGCGUCAAACUUGGAAGCUGAAUGAAACUUGGAGUCUUUCCAUGAACAAUAUUUUGUAAACUGGAGCGCGUCCAGCGGCGUAUCGACGGCGGCAGAUAUCGACAGGAACUAUUGUCAGGAGAUUAAGAGAUGAGAGAAUGACAUCAUCAUUUGAAACUUUGGGAAAGUUUUUCAAGGCCUGGACAGCAUCGUGUGGGAUUUCUUGGGAUAUUUGACCAAGUUUAUAGAAGCAGAAUGGAAAAAGUGGCUUUUUAAAUGGAUACAAAGACCGAUAUGAGACGUGGAACCUGCUGGUUUUGGAGUGAAAUACCAACCUGGUGGACAACAAACCUUACAAACAUCCAACAUUUUACUUUGCAAGCGUUCACAGUGAUGGUGAAGAGAAUUUUGGGGAUUUCCAACUGGAACACGAACAAGAUAAGACGACACACAGUGACAGACUUGUAUCUGACUCUCAUCUUUACAAAUGAUGCUUAUAGACGAUUUAAUAUUGACUCUCUGUCAGGGAGUUUGGAUCUACGUAAUUACUCCAUUAAAUCCUCCGGUAUCAAUUAAUGAAUGUGUAUUGUGCCUGCAUCUACUUUGCUGGGACACGCUGAGAAAACAUGUUCGUCAGCAGCAACAAACUCCUGAGAAACUCUCUUUUUGUGCUCUUUUUUAUAUUAUAUAUAUAUAUAAACUCAAACUUUGGAAACCAACUUACUGGAGUGACGGAAAAGUUUUGCAACAAAAGUAAACAUAUUGAAGAUAUGAAGAGUUUUCUCCUGUGCUGAAUGCAGUGUUGUGGAACUACCUUGGGAAUGCAUUUGAAAUCAAAUCGAGGAACUGAAGACAACAAGGCAGAUUUACACUGACAGCUCAGUGACUUUAACCCCAUGUGGCACUUUUUGGAGAUUUCUGGAAGCUCCACUUGAAGAAAUGUCAAGCUUUUAUUUUGGUAAUCUGGGCUUUAAAUACACACAUUUUAGUCUCUAAAAGAUCUGAAUGGCUUCAGGUACAUUAAUGCUGUUUCUUAAGGUGAGACACUACAGGCACAAACAUUGUUUUUUCAUGAACUGGUGACACUAAAUGAAAUUAUUAUUAGAUAAUUUGCAUAUUUAAACAUACGAUUUCAGAAAUUUCUGAAAAUAUUUGUCUUAAUUCAAGUAAUCAAUAUCAUAACUGUUAGUGAAAUAUGUUUAUGUUUAUGUAUGAGGUAUCCUGUCAAAACUUUGACUCUAAUAUGUCCACAAAAUGAAACAAAUAGUUUGGCAUUAUCCAAUAUUUGAGCUCUGCUCUGGAAAUGUAUGCUAAUUAGCACAUAUUUAAUAAGAUAAUACCUAAUUUGCAUAUUUAAAUAAGUGUUUUAAUGUGCAGAAUAAUAUGUAAAUUAAUAAUAAUAACAAAUUAAACAUUGUUUUUUCAUGAACUGGUGAAACUAAAUGAAAUUAUUAUUAGAUAAUUUGCAUAUUUAAACAUACGAUUUCAGAAAUUUCA